AUGAAGGGAAUCGCUUGCUUCAGCAGGAGCAAAAGCAACGCCGAGUUCGAUCAAGACGAGUGCGCGAGAUCGCCAAGGAAGCACCGAAAAGUCUCUCGGCAGGGCAGCAGCAAAUCACAAGCGUCACGAUGCAGCACUGCUUCCAACGCGAGUAUAUCCAGACUGCCGCCAUGCAAACGAGUAUCCGACCCUCAAAUCGAGGCGAUGAUGAUGCCCAUGCCGCAGGAGACCAGGCAGAGCAGAUGUCUACGAAUGAGCCAUCCCAAGAUCUACGGCGACAUUGUCAACGAAAUGAAGCGAGAGAGAAAGUCACGUGCGUGGAAGGAUUUUCAAGUAUUCCAUACGGACGAAGUCGACAUGACCAUCUCGGCAGUUGACAUGGCGGCUAAGAAAGCCGCCCAAUACGAACGAAUGGUACGCGACCUGAGCAGCUUUGGUGAAGGCGAAAACCGGCAAUUUCGUCGUUCGAUUGAUGCCAUCGACACCAUUGGAUGA